AUGGAAGGAAAGUUACUGAAAAAAUCUAAGAGUGAAAAAAGAAGAAAAAUAAAGAAAAAAAAAAAGGAUGAAAAAAUAAAAAAAGAGAUGUUAGAAGUGAAAACGAGUAUAGAUGACAUAUUUAGUAAAAUAAAAACUAAAAGCACAAAGGAUGAUGAAACAAAAAAGGUUAAAAAAGAUCAAGAAAGCGUUACAAAAAAUAAAAAGAAGAAAGAUAAAAAUAACGUAUCAAAACAAAAAGUAAAUGAAAGAUUAUGUACUCCAGAUGGUUUACCUAUUUACUCAAUGGAAGAACUUAAGAUUGGAAAAGGAGGAUACACAAAAGAAUGCCCUUUUGAGUGCAAUUGUUGUUUUUAA